AUGGUUAAGUUGUUGGAGCCGGAGAAUUCAGAGAUGUUGAGAAAAGUGGACAUUCUUCCCCUUAUCCAGCGUGCAGCAGAUCUUCUGAAGAGGGUUAUAAUUAUUGUUGGGGAAGAUGAAAAUUCAGGUACAGUGGACAUAAAAAGAGAAAAAAUUAUUAUCAAGUGCAAGGGGUUGGAUUUUAUCCAUUACUGGCAGAGGUACCGAUGCAAGGGGACCUUCGUUCCAGAGGAUGAUUAUGAAGAAUGGAUUGGGAUCAUAUUUGCCUGGGAUAGUUCCUCCGCCCAAGAAUUGCCGAACAUCGUGCCUCUUGUUCAAAAUUUUAAGCAUCAAACCUAUCGACACAAUCGUCUCGAUCAUCUAGAUCGUUUCGAUCGUCUCGAUCGUCUCGAUAUUCUCAAUCGUCUCAAUCUUCUCAGUCGUAGCGAUCGUCUCAAUCUUCUUGAUCGUCUCAAUCGUCUUGAUCUUCUCGAUCUGAAAGAAAAAUCCAAGGAUGCCCUAUGGAUAUCUACAAAGAACCUGCCCUCCUUAUACAAAAAAGGCGUUGUCCUUCCAUACGUGGAAAAAAUUACCUUUCAUGGGAAGAUGCCCGUGACAUUCCGCUUCCAUGCUGUGCCAUUAUUGUGGCAAGUGGACCGAGUUAUUGCGGGAUUAUCUCCUCUCAGCACAAGUGAAAGAGAAUUCCAGAUUUCCCUCUUAAAAUUCACUUAA